AUGAGCUUGGUAAGCUACACCGCGGUUCCUGACAAUCACCAGGAAUCCUGCGAAGAGCCGACGGUUAACCCUGACAGAUGUGAUGAUAGAGACCUUAUCGCUGAAGAGUCAGUCCGUGGAUCUUCAAUACCUAUCGCCUUUCGAGAAAUCCUAAUCGACCUUAACCUCCGCAGAAACCAACGAAUUUUCUGUAUCGAGUUUGUUUUGACUACAAUUAUGUAUUUCUUAUUAAUCCAGCCAGCUCAUGCGUGGUGCAGAUUUCCUCUCGACAUUUUCGACGCGGAGGGCUGUAGUGCAAGGAACCGAUAUGGCUUUGACAAUGGGGAGCCUUGCUUCCUUUUCGAGUUGAAGCUGCAAUCAACUUGGACUCCGAUAUUCAACCGCCCAAACAUCACCGUCUUGCCUUUGAAAUGCGAUGCGUACGACCAAAUGUCACUGCGAAGGAAUACGGAGGUGAAGAUCAUAUCGGCGCUGGGGCACAGCACUCAAGGCGGAUUCCCUGUGAAUAAGAUACCAUCGAGGGCUAUAUCGGAUAGUGACGGCAGAGACGUGUCUGAUGAAAAUGGUGAAACUCUCUAUGACCAACCGGCCUUGGCUUUCAUGAAGAUACGCCUCGACAGGAGUAUUCACACCACCGUACGGUGCUCUUUAGCACAUUCUACGACUAUGGAGGCGUCGUUUACCGGGAUCUAUCGGAGACGAUGCAGAUUUGAAAAAUAUUAUCUCGCAAUUAUAGCCGUCGUAGUGUUGCUAAUCUACGUGACCUCCAAGGAGAAUCGGUCCAACAGAGUUGAUGAAACCGAAAACCGUCAUGUCGCAUCUCUGGAUUCUGCCCCAGCAGGUUCCCACGAGCAACAUUUGGAUUUUCAAGCAAAUGCAGGAAGGCUAAAGGACACUAUCGCUGAUCAAUUUCCAGAGUUAGAGAAGGAGUACGAUGAUCUUAACUGGAAAGAGCAAAAAGGCUCAGCAGAUCAUGGAGACCACGGUAAUGACAUCAGCGCCAUACCGUCGAAUUGGAGGAAGCAUGUUCAGUUCCUGGACGAAAUUCCAGUCACGUUAAAUACUUCAAAUACAACCUCUCAAGGAACGAUGGACGAGAAAGCUCCACUUUACAGCAGUGCGACCCCCAAUGCUGCAGGAAACUUGACGGUUGCUCCGGCAGAACCGAUGGGGAAAGUGCAUGAGAAGACUGACGAGGACAUACUAGCAGAGGAGUAUGCCAAUCAUUUGGACAUAGUCAAUGACGGCAACGACGAAGACACUGUCAAACUUCAUGAGUUUCAAAAUUAUCCGGCUGAGGACAUUUCCACAAACAAUGGAGAGAACUCCGUUGCUAACCUUGAUGGAGGUCUGACCACUUCUAAUCCUUUGGAGAACGGAAAUAUCCACGGUGCAUCUCCUGCUCAGAGAAGGAAUUCACUAAAGAUCGAGGUUAAUGUGACCAUAAUUCCUACUGACCCACCAAAUUUGAGUGCUGGCAUGGGAACCACAGCGAUCUUGGAAAGAAUCGAAUCUGUAGAAACCACUCCCACGGGUCCCGCGAAAUUAAAAAGGAAAGAAGCCCGCGACGUUGAAAAUAGUGUACAAGUUCCUGCUUAG